GUAAUCCAUUUUACUAUACCUAUUUUGGCUAGUGAUAAUUACUUUUCCAUCAAUGGUCCGGUUUCAGAUGCUAUAUAUAUCAUGAUCAUGGAAAGAGUAUCUCAUAUUCUCACAUCAUGGAAGGAACUUCUCGAAGACUUCCUUAUACCAUAAGAUUCGUUGGUCUACUUGGUAGUCAUUCUCUUGGUAGAAAUCCAAAGUUUAUGGCUACUGCGGUAGAUUUGGGAAGGGAAUUGAUAAGGCGAAAGAUUAAACUUGCCUAUGGAGGAGGUUUGGUUGGCCUUCAAGGAGCUGUUGCUUCAACAGUCUUUACCAAUGGUGGUCUCGUUAGAGGUUUCAUUCCUGGGUACAUAGCAAUACGACGUGUCUAUGGACCUACGUAUGGUGUAGAGCAUACAGUUUCCAGCAACUAUUACAAAUAUUUUGAGAUGAAUCAUGCCGUGGAAGCUUUCAUCGUCCUUCCCGGAGGAGUUGACACUAUGGAAGGUUUAUUCACUUUGAUCUCGUGGGCUUCUGAAGGGUUACACAAUAGACCCAUUGGUCUCUUGAAUGUUGACGGUUAUUUCAAUAACCUAAUCAAAUUUCUAGACGAUGCGAUGAGGCAGAACUUCAUGGCUUUGAAUGAGAGAAAACUUUUCAUUUCUUCUUUCUUUGUUGAUGAGAUUUUAGACAAACUAGAGUUUGGUAAAGCUUUCCCGGGUCCAGGGGUUAGUUACGAUGAAUUUGUGAAUCCUGGAAGACUAGACUUAGAAUUGCAUCUGUAACUUUCCUCAUGUAAUCCAAGUUGUAUUUUGUGUUGAAAUAAUACUAUCCAUAAAUAUUAUUUAACGUUGUAUGGUCAGCGCGAACUACAUUUUCUUCAUUCUUCAGUCUUUCAUUGUUGG